AUGGUGCGGUCGUAUGAGCGGCACGAGCCGACCGCGGCCUUCUCGCUGGUGUGCUCCAAUGCCGCCAACGGAGUGCUGGAUGCGGAUGGGAAAACGGCAUUUCUGCCGGCACUCGAAGACGUGCUGGUGUGGGACAUGAAACUCGGCGUGGAGCGGGGGGGGUGGCACGAAGUCGGCUUCCGCAUCGCCGUCACCGCCAUCGCACGCGCCCCAUACCCGAAUGCAAACAAAUUCGCGGUGGGGUACGCAGAUGGAUCGAUCAGGAUCUGGGACCAGAACACGGGGGCCGCUUUGCUCACGUUCAACGGACACCAGCGCGCCGUGACAGCGCUCGCAUUUGACCCGGCGGGCGUGCAGCUCGCAAGCGGCAGCCAGGAUACCAGCGUGAUUGUGUGGGACGUCGUCGCAGAGUCGGGCUUGUUCCGCCUCAAGAGCCACCACGAGGCGAUCUCCAGCGUCGGUUUUCUCGCAGACACGGAAAACCUCUCGGGGCCGGCGCCGUACCUCUUGACCACCGCGCGCGACGGACUGCUCAAGCUGUGGGAUUUACGGCUGCAGCACUGCGUCGAGACAGUCGUCUCGGGUGACGAGCAGCUGUACAGUCUCGCCAUCUCGCGGAAUACGGACAACGACGGCGACGCGCUGAUCGCGACCGGCGGCAGCAACGGCCAGCUGCGCCUGUGGCUCGCGUCGGGCGACGCGCUGCGCACGGGGCUGCGCGCCGACGAGCGCAAGCGCUUCAUCGAGGGACAAGGCACGGCGGAAAUGCCGGCGGCACAGCGCGUCGCACAGCUCGCAUUUAGCACGUCGACCAACGACAGCCUGCUUGCGGCGCUCAGCGGCGACCGCGCCGUGCACAUCUUCCGCGUCCGGACCCUGGACGAGGCCCACAAGAAGCAGCAGCGCAAGAUGAAGCGCGCGCGCGAAAAGGCCGAGCGCACCGGCGAGACGGAUACGACCAGCGCCCCGCCGGUGACGUGGGCGACGCGCAUCGAAAACUACGUCACGAUCCGCCCUUCGAUCGGCCGCGUGCGCAGCUUCUCGUUCCCGACGGGCGGCGCGCUCGACCCUGCGCAGAUCGGCGCGCCAAUCCCACUGCUCUGCACGCUGACGACCAACUCGGCAGAAAUUCAUACCAUUCCCGCCAUCCCGCGCACCAAGGAAGAGAAGCGCGCGACAGAGGCGCAGAUUGCCUGUGCGCUCGAGCUGCCGGGGCACCGCAGCGACGUACGUGCGGUGGCGCUGUCGUCGGACGACUCGCUCCUCGCCUCGGUCUGUGGCACGGGGCAGCUCAAGGUGUGGAACGUACGCACCGGACGCUGCAUCCGGACGCUGCCUGUUUCUGCCUACGCGCUGUGUGUCACCUGGCUCCCGGGCGACCGCUACGUGCUCGUAGGAUGCAAGGACGGCACGCUGCACUCGUUUGAUGUGCCGGCCGGCCUCGCAGUCGAGACCCUCGAGGCACACGAGGGGCCGAUCUGGAGCUGCGCCAUACACCCCAGCGGCUUGAGCGCGGUGACGUGCAGUGCAGACAAGGACGUCAAGUUUUGGGAGUUUGAAAUGACCACGCCCGAGGCGGACGGCGACGAGGUGCAAGGGACGCAGCAGCUCUCGCUCGUGCACACCCGCACGCUCAAGGUCGCCGACGACGUGCUCUGCGCGCGUUUCUCGCCCGACGGCAAGCUCCUCGCGAUCUCGCUUCUGGACAACACGGUCAAGGUAUUCUAUGCAGACUCGCUCAAGUUCUUCCUGAGCCUGUACGGCCACAAGCUUCCGGUGCUUGCGCUGGACAUCUCCGACGACUCCAAGCUCUGUGUGACGUGCUCCGCGGACAAGAACGUGAAGAUCUGGGGCCUCGACUUUGGCGACUGCCACAAGAGUAUCUUUGCCCACGACGACUCGAUCAUGAACGUCGCCUUUGAGCACGGCCAGCAAGGCGGCGGUCUAAUGGGCGGCCGCGAAGGUGCGAGCCACCGCUUCUGGACCGUUGGCAAAGAUGCACGCGUCAAGUACUGGGACGGUGACCGCUUUGUCGGCGUCCAGACCCUCCUCGGCCACCACAACGAGGUGUGGGCGCUGGCAACCGGCCGCAACGGCCAGCUAGUCGUCACGGCCGGCGCCGACCGCAGUAUCCGUGUGUGGGAAAAGACCGACGAGCCCCUCUUCCUCGAGGAAGAGCGCGAGAAGGAGCUCGAGGCAAUGUACGAGUCUGCGGCGCCCACCAACGAGGAACUCGGUAUCGGUGAGCUCGCCGAGGGUGACGACGCGCCCAAGCCGCAGGUCGCCGAGGCGAGCGCCGUGUCCAAGGCCACGACCGAGUCGCUGAUGGCCGGCGAGCGCGUGCUCGACGCGCUGACCACCGCGGACGAGGACCUGCAGCAGCGUGCGGCCGCCGAAAAGGCAGGGCAGCCCGCGAGUGCGAUCCCCAUCAACCCCGUGAUCCAGGCGGCGUUUGGCGACGCGAUCGAAGAGGUGGACACGUACAAGUACGUGCUCAAGGUCGUGGAAAAGGUGCCGCCGACGCACCUCGAAGAUGCGCUGCUGGUGCUGCCUUUUGAUCGCGUCGUGACCCUGUUGCAGUUUCUCGACGUGUGGGUGACCAAGGAGUGGAACGUGUCGCUCUCGGCACGCAUCCUCUUCUUCCUCCUGCGCACGCACCACGCGCAGAUCGUGUCGAACCGCGUGAUGCGCACCGCGCUGCUGCGGCUGCGCACGCACCUGCGCGACGUGCUCGCGAAGCAAAAGACCAUGCUCGGCUUCAACCUUGCGGCCCUGCGCUACCUCAAGCAGCAGGAGGUGGCGAACCGCACCGCCGAGCUCCUCGAGCACAGCGAGGUGCCGAUCGACGAGCUGUCCGAGGACGUGAUCCGCGAAAAGAUCGAUGCCAAGGCGCAGCGCAAGCGCAAGUUGGUCGUACGAUAA